GAAGAAGAGUGAUGUUAUUGCCGGUGUUUGGUGCACAUAUUUCCGACCGCACCUGACGUACAUCAGCCGGCCGGAGUCCUCCUGCAGCUCAGCUGAUCCUCCAGACCUCCUCAUCCUCCUCCUCCUCCUCUGCUCCUCCUCACCGGGUAUCAGCCUCCAUCAGCCGGCCAUGGCGCUCCGCACCUUCUUCGUGGGGGGAAACUGGAAGAUGAACGGGAACAAGGAGAGUCUGGAGGAGCUGAUGACCCACCUGAGCACCGCCAGCCUGGACGAUCAGACCGAGGUGGUGUGUGGAGCGCCCUCCAUCUACCUGGACUUCGCUCGCUCCAAACUCGACCCCAGGAUCGGAGUCGCCGCCCAGAACUGUUACAAGGUGGCCAAAGGGGCGUUCACAGGCGAGAUCAG